CACAGCUGGAUCGCAUCGACGGUUGGGCGGGAGGUCGGGCAGGCGGGCGAUGGAGGCUCCUCGCCAACCCCUCUGCUCGACCCGGCUGCCUCCUGCUGCCGCCGUCGCUCAGGCUACGACAGCCGGCUGAGAACAGACCUCGCCGCCGCCGCCGCCGCUUCUGACGCCUGCCGGAGCCGGGAGAAAAACAUAAUGCUGACUUCUGCUGAAAGGCUGGGGAUCCGGACUAGAGAUGAAUCCUGGGCUUUCUGAAUCAGCUCAAUAAGCUUCACCCUUACCUUACUAAGGGCCUCCCCAGAUUCCACCUAGCUGGCCCUCAUUUCCUCUGUUUCAAAUGAACUUAUUUCUGGUGCGGUCUUAUCCCAAUGCCCUCUGAUAGAGACCUCCCCAGGGGGGUACCUCUGUAACCAGUCAUGGGAAACGUCUACAAGUACUACUUCGACAAGAACAAAAUCUUCCAGCACUACAACUACACUAAAGAUAAGCUGGAGAGAGAUGAGGUGUCUUCACUGACCCCCAUUGCCAUCACCAUCAUUGUGCUCUGUUGCUUCAUUAUCCUGGAGAACCUGCUGGUGCUCAUAUCUGUCUGGAGGAACAAGAAAUUCCACUCAGCCAUGUUCAUCUUCAUUGGCAACCUGGCCUUUUCAGACCUCAUGGCUGGCUCGGCUUUCAUUGCCAACAUCGUGCUUUCAGGCCCAGCCACCUUUCGCCUCACUCCGAUACAGUGGUUUGUGAGAGAAGGCACCGCCUUUACCACCCUGGCAGCUUCGGUCUUCAGUCUGUUAGCCAUUGCGAUUGAACGACAUGUGGCUAUCACAAAGGUGAAGCUCUACAGUAGUGACAAGAACUGCCGAAUGGUGCUGCUGAUUGGGGCCUGCUGGGUCAUCUCGGCCACCACUGGGGGGCUGCCCAUCCUUGGCUGGAACUGCAUGUCUGAUCUUGAGAAGUGCUCCACUGUUCUGCCCCUUUACUCUAAAAGCUACAUUGUCUUUGUGGUUACCAUUUUUACUGUCAUUCUCUUCUCCAUUGUGGUCCUCUAUGUCCGGAUCUACUGCAUCGUCCGCUCCAGCCAUGCUGAGAAAGCCAGCUCACAGACAAUGGCCUUGCUCAGGACAGUGACCUUUGUCCUGGGGGCCUUCAUCAUCUGCUGGCUGCCUGCCUUCACCAUCCUCCUGAUAGACGCUUCAUGCGCCAGGAAGUCUUGCCCCAUCCUUUACCAGUCAAAGUAUUUCUUUGCCUUUGCUACCCUCAAUUCAGCCAUUAACCCCCUCAUCUAUACCCUCCGCAGCAAAGACAUGAGGAAGGAGUUCUUGCGGGUGCUUUGUUGCUGGGGGAUGAUGGGGCAGGGAAAGCCAGCAGAGCGUUGCAUGAUCCCCCUCCGCAGUUCCAGUUCCUUAGAGCGGUGCACCCCAAAACAGGACCUUCCCACUUUAUCUUUCAUGAAGGAACAUUCCACAUUUGUGUGAAAAGACACAAAGAAAGGAACUAUGGAAUGGACAGGCACUGGCGAAGAAUGGGGUGGGAUUGAACCCAAGAAAGCGGUACAAAUCUGAUGAAUACAUUGUCCUGGUGGCCAAAUCAACCUGCCUUGGACUUACGUGGAGGUGUCCAUUUGUUCACUAGACCUGCACAGUAUUACGAUUUUAUGUUAGGAAUGUGUGAGACAGAGUGAUUGACUGCUGACUGAUUGACUGACAUGAAGUGGGGAGGGUGGGUAGCUGCUGAGCUACCAAGAAUCUGAUUUGGUACGAUUCUCCCCUUUUCUAAAAGUUGCCCUUGCCUGUGUUUAGACCCACCUCUUUUGUCCUGCAUCUCCGAGCCAUACUUUCAGAUUUCUCCUCUUUGCACAAAACACUCACUCAUUCUUCCCAGCAAAGCAAUCAUUUGCUCUGAUCGGCUGGGUCUUUUGCAGGUUUAGUUGAUUAAAACCAGUCUUCUGUCUGAGACACUCAAAACUACAAUACUCAUAAUCCCAACCAGCUGACCCCUGGGUUUCCUGUGUAGUGACUGAAGUUGAAGACAAUCAUAUCUUUAGAAGCACAGAGGGGAUUUUGAUAGUACCUCUGCUGCUGGAAAUGUGAAAUAUCUGGCUCUUCACUUUCUGAAGAGGAUGCAAAGGCUGGUUCCAAAGUUCUAUGUAGAGCUGCUUUGGGUACAUACCUGCGACAUCACAGAUGCCAGGCUAUAUGUUCUCUUCACCCUUGCCAAAACACUCUUAUCAUCCUUUUUAAAAGUCUCUUCCUCUCCUAUAACAUGAAAGUUAAACAAGUUUUGAGAUCUGGGGUUUCUUAAGUGGUAAAGGAUAGAUACAUUGAUUAAAUAAAUGCACACACAUGCAUAAGAACCUCUUGUGAAGAGAAAUAUUGCAAAGCUAUCAUAAUUCCUACUAAAAUUGUUCUUUCUGUUUUUAAUAUUUUUCCAUGAACAGAAUGCAUUUAGGUUCUCCAGGACUGGAUUUACAUCUGGUUUUAAAAGUGUUUUCCAAAGCAAUAACAAAGUAUUUCUCCACCUUUCAGUAGCCACCCCUUCCCCUUCCUAUCCUGAAGUAGUUUCCGAUUUCCUUCCUUAGCCUGGCCUUUUUGAAGCUAAACUGAGAUAUAAUCAUAAGAGCAGCUAAGGGGAUAUUUUUCUGAAAACAUCACAUAUACAAGCAAUCUGAAUCUGUAGACUUGUAUUUACCCAGACUGUUCCCUUGUAGUAAGUAUGAAUAGACUUAAUGCAUAUUAAGAAAGGGCGGGUUUAAAAAAGAAUGUUUUAAAUGAGAGAGGGAAGAUUUCUGUUUUAACUUCAUUUUUUCACACUUUCACAUAGGGGUUGCUGAAAUAAGGCUGGAAUUUCCUAGAACUCUUGCAGAAAAAAACCUCAUCAAAGUAUAGCUGCUGUCAUUUUAUGUAAUCAGCAUGGAUAUCAUUACCAGCAGUAAUCCUUUUGAUUUUCCUUCAGGAGCCAAACAAAAAGUUUCAGUCUGGACAGAUUUCAAUCUCUCUUGCAGAUGGGCAGCUUAGGUGCUAUGACAUGCCCUGGUUUGGCCUAAUACUGUAGAUUUAGAUGCCUGAGAUCCAACAGGGAAACGCUAACUUCAGUUAAUUUAAUAAGAUGCAGUCCAGGGGAAGUUCCCCUGCAGAAGCAUGA